GAAGUCUUGUCUUGUGUCAACUACCAGAACUCAAAAUAAAUGAUUUCUUCUCUCAAAAAAAACAAAGCCAAAGACAUUUUAACUUGCUACUAACUCCAAACAAAUUACAAUUCCCACUCUGUGGAAUCGCUUGUACUUCACUCAGUCUAAAGGCUAAAGCUCAUCUUUUCACUUUCUCUCUAUCUCUCCCACCAUAACCUAACCCAAAUCUAACCAUUUAUAUUAAUAGUUUUUUUACGUUCAUAUUAUACUAACAACUCCGUGAACAUUUUAUUUAAUUCUUAUGUUUCUAGGGUUUGUAUAAAUCAAUUCUUUUCAUUACUGACAUUCUUAAGAGCUAAGAAAAUGGAAAUGGACCAACCGAGGCUGGAGACUCCGGCCAUGACCUUCGAUGAGGUAUCCAUGGAGCGUAGCAAAAGUUUUGUCAAAGCAUUGCAGGAGCUGAAAAACUUGAGGCCUCAACUUUAUUCUGCUGCUGAAUAUUGUGAGAAGUCUUAUCUUCAUAGUGAGCAGAAACAGAUGGUGCUGGACAACCUGAAAGAUUAUGCUGUGCGAGCCCUUGUUAAUGCUGUUGAUCAUCUGGGCACUGUAGCUUACAAGUUAACUGACCUUCUUGAGCAACAAACUGUGGAUGUUUCAACCAUGGAGCUGAAGGUUUCUUGUAUGAAUCAGCAACUUCUUACAUGCCAAACAUAUACGGUUAAGGAGGGUCUCAGACAGCAGCAGCUGUUGGCAUUCAUCCCAAGACACCAUAAACAUUACAUUUUACCCAAUGCUGUCAAUAAAAAGGUACAGUUUAGCCCUCACAUUCAGACUGAUGCAAGGCAAAAUCCAUUUCAAGCUAGGUCUCGUCUCCAGCCUUCAGGUUCCCCAGCAUCAAAGACUCUUUCCUGGCACUUAGCCUCUGAGACCAAGUCCACAUUAAAAGGGACUUCAAAUGCUCUGACAGGUACUGAAGACACAAAAACAUCUGGGAUAUCUGCUGCAGCUUUUCAACUAUUGGAUAAAGAGGAGAGUACAAGAAUGAGAUCAUCAGGAGCUCUUGCACAGUUAUCGAGUGGAAGUCCUGCAUCUGGUGUGGUGAUGCAAACACUUGGUGUCACACGCAGGGAGCCGUUAGAGAGUUCUAAGCCUUUGACAGCAUUCAGGUCUUUUGAGAACCCAAAGCGUGAGAUGGUACGUGCUCCUGCUCGCAGUAAAAGUGUCCUGUCAUCUUUCUUUGUCAAACAGAAAACAGCAAAGCUGAAGGCUGGCCCUGUCUCAUGAACUCUCAGUCUCACAGUAUGCCAUCCUGCACUACACCCAUUUAGGUGGCAGUAAAUCUCCUCCUUGUUGAUAACAAGAUCUUUUUGAGGUCACUAAUCAGUCAAUUGCUCAAAAUAUAUCUUAUCCCACUCUAAUCCUUGAACUUGGUUCUAAUAAUGAGCAUAUUGUGCAUAAUAAUACCGUAAUGAAGAUAAUCAUGAUUAUCUUUUGCCCCUGGUUUGUUUAUAAUGCUAAUAAUUGUGGGUUGUUCAUAAUGCUGAAUAAUUAUAAUGUCAAUAGUUCAUAAUUCAUUAUUCCAGGUAGUUGAGAGAUCAGUAUCAUUCAUGACAUCAGAUUUAGUGUUUAUGGUGAUACAUUCCAUGAAAACAUUGUAGUUGCUUAGCAAUUUUAUUAUAAUCUUUAGUCUAUGUUAUGUACUUUGACUAUUUGGUUCUUUCAAUAUAGCAAUUUAUGUGGAUUCAUCA